AUGCUCGCUCUCAACGCCCUCGCCCUCUCCCUCAUCACCACCGCCAGCGCCCUCAACUGGGGCGACCGCUGCGGCUGGGCCUCCCAGGCCGUGUGCGAGAACACGGGCACGUGCGACAACGUCGGCGGCACCUCGUGGGCGGGCGACUGCCCCGGCCUGCCGGACAACGUCCGCUGCUGCGCCAAACAGGGGUGCAUGCACCCCGACGCGUGCCCCAUCGGCGUGCGCUACGGCGAGUGUCCCGGCGGCAGCAACAACGUCAUGUGUCCCGGCUAUGCGUCGUGGUGCGGCAACCCCGGCGACUGCACCGAGUGGGGCGGGAACGAGGCGACUGUGCUCUCGGGCUUCUGCCCCGGAGGCGAGGACAACAAGCUCUGCAGGUACAAGGUUGUGUAG